CGCUAAUAUUGCGCCAUUUAAACGCCAUUCCCUUCAUAGCAUCCACUGAAACAAAGAAUCUUCCCAAUAAAUAUCACAGCACUAUGCAGAUCUUGCCAAACAAGAUUAGCUCGUCGAGCGAUACAGUUCAGAAAAACUAAUAGGAAAGUGCAAAUCACUAAAAGUGCAAAUUAAAAAAAUUGAGUAAAUAAAUAAUAAACAAAUUUUGUGAUAACAUACUCUAGACAAGGCUGCACUAAAGAGAAUUAUUUUGAACACGCAGUUAAAAUGGACAUAGCAGCCAGAAACGUUGUGCCCGAUGGCGGCUGGGGCUGGGUUGUGGUAGCCGCAGUAGCCCUAAUUAAUAUGACAAAUCAGUCGAUUUUAUCUGUUUUUGGUCAACUCUUUGCGGGUCGCUUUGAAGAUGACACCUUUACGGCAGCGCUAAUAACGAAUCUCAAUAGCCUGGCCUUAAAUUUCUCUGGCCUGCUUAUAGGACCGGCUAUAAAGAGCUUUAAGCCACGCAAUGUGGCUGCCACAGGUUGUGUUCUUGUUUCUUUUGGCCUGGCGCUUUGUUCCUUUGCCACCCAGAGCUGGCAUCUAAUAGUGGGCUAUAGCUGCUUUGUGGGACUAGGCUUGGGACUCAUAUCACCUUCUACCUUCAUGGCUAUCAACUCAUACUUUAGCAGCAAACGUGGCCGUGCUGUGGGCGUCUCUUUAGCUGGCGCUGGUCUGGGUCAGGUGUUUAUGCCACAUGUAGUGCGUUACUUUUUGCAUACACAUGGCUUUCGUGCAGCAUUAUUAGCCCUGGCAGGCAUCUCACUCUUGGGCUUAAUUGGCGCUGUGUUUCUUAAACCUUUGCACAACAAUCGCAAGCAUCUGCAACUGCUGGCAGACAAGGAGCACAAGCAGCAGUCUAGUGGCUUGCAGGCCAUAAUUGUACAACCAAGAGUGGUUACUGCGGCGCCCAAGACAGAAACGCUGUGUAGUCGCAUGGGUCAUCGCAUAGUUCAGGCUAUGGACUUGGAGCUCUUAAAGGACAUUGUUUUCUGGAGCAUCAUAGUGGGCAUGGCUUUAGUCUAUACAGCAACUAUUAACUUCACUAUGGUCUAUCCAGCGUUUCUGAAAAACACCGCUGGCUUUGACAGCAAACUUAUCGCUAGCUGCAUGUCUGUGGUGGCGGGCGCAGAUAUUGUGUUCCGUCUGCUGCUUCCUUGUCUAACGGAUCGUUUGAGAAUACCAUAUCGUGUGGUGUUUCUCUUGGGCACAGUGGGCAUGCUGGCAGCACGCGUGCAGUUGGCAGAAACUACAAGCUUGCCUGUAAUUAUAGCCAUGUCUGUGCUCACAGGAUUGGCCAAGUCAGCUACUGUCAUUAAUAAUAAUCUAACGAUAUCCGCGCAUUGUCGGGCCGAGAAACUAGCUGGCGGUUUAGGCUUAAGCAUGAUAACCAAAGGUGUUGUUGUCAUUACUGUGGGCCAGCUGCUGGGUUGGAUACGUGACUUUUCCAAUUCAUAUGUCAGCUGUUUAUAUGCGCAGACUGCAUUGCUGCUGUUGGUUGCGCUGGUGUGGACACCAGAGAUUUAUUAUCGCUUUAGAAGACAGCAGAAGCAUUUGCGCAAUUCCAUGGAGACUACUUAUGUGACACACGAGCAGUUGGAGAAGCUCAAUACGCGCGCCUAAGUGCGUGCUGACUUUAGCAAUAAGCAAUUAUACAUUACAUUGUGUAUGUGAUAAGCAAGGGAGCUACUUUAGUUAUUAAGCUUUUUCGACUUAUUUAUUAUCCAUCUAGCCAUGUAAGCCAAUACUCUGUAAGCAAUUUUGUACUGCCUACCAACUUCCCAAUCAAAAUACAUACGUAUUAAUAUAUAAAA